AUGGCGUACCCGAUUCGCAGACUCGUAGACAGGUCUCGUGAUGCCACAGGGGAAAUACAAGCGCUUGACCACCACAAAGCAGAUCUAGUUAUUCAAGGCUUUGAACGUCUUUCCGCGCAUGAGCUUCACUGGCCAAGUACAAUUCCUAGUGAUACCCCGACGGAUAUUUCUAUCGACCGACUGCGUUCGAAGAGAGACAUCCACGCUCACCUGCACUCGACUCUUCUGCCCCAACUAAAACAGCAAGUUCGAAUCAUGUCGCACGCUCUGAAUGACCUGACCAAGUUGAAAGUGGAAACGGCCCCAAAACUCGAACUCAUUCUAGCGAUCCAACCACGCGUUCAUCUGAGUUUAGACGGAAUCAUUCGUGCGACUGAUGAUAUCAUUCCUGGAAACGUACCUGAGCCAACCCAGACUAACGAUCAGCACUACCAAGAGUUCAAAGGCUACAGACUUCACGGCCUGCAUGAGGCUAUCAGAGAGACAUUGAGGAGCAACAUGCUUGAGUAUUUCCAUAUCUCCUGCAGUAUCCUUGAAGGACGGAAACUCCAAACGAAGGAGUACCCGGAUAUGAUGUAUUUCCUACGUUACUUUCUCAUCCGCUCGAUCGAUGCAGCUAUGGGAUGGUUAAAAGGAUCGGAACUCGAGAUUAUUACAGAUUCUUGGGACUACGGACUAAAUGACAUUUGGGCGGCAGGCCAAAAUUAUAUCGAUCUGGUAGACCCGACACGCAAAUCUCCCUUAAGUCGGCCGGUCUUAAAGCUUGCUCAAGCCAUCUCACCAGUCAUCAAAAUGUCGAGCCUGUUUUUUAGCAAAAUCGCAAAAGACGGGAUGCUCCGAGACGAUGCACCAUUGUACACAGAGAUGUUCUCUUCUCAACUGGUUUCACUACGUGAAGAGGCUUUUCGACACGGAGGAGCAGUCGCCCAUUUGGUCCGUCAUUUAGAAGAAGCUGAUAACACUCCGCCAGCCCUUACCCGUUCCCGUCUCAUUAGUGAAAUCGAAUCCCUCUCAACUUAUUUUCAAUCUUAUUUACUUCUCGUUGGACUGUACAUAGUUCCUUUAUUGCCAGACACAGACGGUGUAUCUUCACAAAUUCCUUUCAAAACUGGCUUUCUAACUUUCAACACUGUGUUCUUGACUGCUACCCAUAAUGCCAUCCAAGCUGUCUACUCCUUUGAAAGAAAUCAGUUGUAG